CAAAUGCAAUUGAGAAUCUCACAGUAACUGAAAUCUCCACAUCAUUUGUGCUUCUUGAAAAUGGGGAUAAAACAACGUGGAAAUGGGGUCUUCCUUUAAAGUUAAUUGGACUGCUGAUGAAACACAUGGGAAUGUAACAGUCACAGUCCCAAAUGUAACAGUCACUGGUCUGAUUGCUGGAGUCAAUUACACAUUUUGCAUCACAGUCGUUGUAGCAGAUACAUCAACAGAACCUGUCUGUAUCUCAGCAUGGACCAAGCCUGACGUCAUUAUGAACCUCACAGCUGAUGAUAUUACAACAUCCUCUGUCUUACUAAACUGGAUUAAACCGAAUGGUCAAAGCUCCCACUAUCGUGUAGAAUAUGAAGAUAAGAAUGUGAUCGCUGAAAACACCUCCAUCAAAAUAAAUGAUCUGAUUCCUGGAGCACAGUACACAUUCAGAGUGUUUGCAGUUGCAGCUGACAAUGAGACCAAGGGAAGAGCCAAUCAGAUUUCACUGUAUACCAAGCCAGAUGUAAUCAAAAAUUUCACUGUGUCUAAAAUCACAACAUCAUCCGUGUUUCUGACAUGGGCUGAACCAUUUGGAAAUAGAUCUUUCUUUAAACUUAACUGGACUGAUGAGAAUUUGGACUUGAACAGAAAAGCAGUAGAAACUAAUAACACUUCCUAUCACAUCACUGGUCUGAAUGCUGGAGUCAAUUACACAUUCUGCAUCACUGCUGCGGCAGCAGAUCAAUCAACAGAAGGAGAAACUCUCUGCAUCUCAAACUAUACCAGGCCUAAUGUGGCCAGCAACCUCACAGUGUCUGAAAUCACACCAUCAUCUGUGUUUCUCACAUGGGAAGAACCACUUGGAAAUAGAUCUUUCUUUAAAAUUCAGUGGACGAGUGAUAAAACAAACGGAAGUUCAACAACUAAUAACACUUCCUAUAACAUCACUGGUCUGACUGCUGGAGUCAACUACACAUUUAUCAUCACAGCUGUUGCAGCAGAUCGGUCAACAGAAGGAGGAUCAGUGGUUACCUCAAAAUAUACUAAGCCUGACGUCAUUAUGAACCUCACAGCUGAUGAUAUUACAACAUCCUCUGUCUUACUAAACUGGAUUAAACCAAAUGGUCAAAGCUCCCACUAUCGUGUAGAAUAUGAAGAUACGAUUGUGAUCACGGAAAAAACCUCCAUCAAAAUAAUUGAUCUGAUUCCUGGAGCACAGUACACAUUCAGAGUGUUUGCAGUUGCAGCUGACAAUGAGACCAAGGGAAGAGCCAAUCAGAUUUCACUGUAUACCAAGCCAGAUGUAAUCAUGAAUUUCACUGUGUCUACAAUCACAACAUCAUCCGUGUUUCUGACAUGGGCUGAACCAUUUGGAAAUAGAUCUUUCUUUAAACUUAACUGGACUGAUGAGAAUUUGGACUUGAACAGAAAAGCAGUAGAAACUAAUAACACUUCCUAUCACAUCACUGGUCUGAAUGCUGGAGUCAAUUACACAUUCUGCAUCACUGCUGUGGCAGCAGAUCAAUCAACAGAAGGAGAAACUCUCUGCAUCUCAAACUAUACCAAGCCAGGUGUAAUCAGGAAUCUCACUGUAAACAACAUCACAACAUCAUCUGUGUUUCUGACAUGGAAUGAACCAGGUGGAAAUAGAGAUUUCUUUAAAAUUCAAUGGACUGAUGAGAAAACAAACAGAAAUUCAACAACGAACACUUCCUAUCACAUCACUGGUCUGAAUGCUGGAGUCAAUUACACAUUCUGCAUCACUGCUGUGGCAGCAGAUCAAGCAACAGAAGGAGAAACUGUCUGCAUCUCAAACUAUACCAAGCCAGAUGUGAUCAGGAAUCUCUCUGUAAACAACAUCACAACAUCAUCUGUGUUUCUGACAUGGAAUGAACCAGGUGGAAAUAGAGAUUUCUUUAAAAUUCAAUGGACUGAUGAGAAAACAAACAGAAAUUCAACAACGAACACUUCCUAUCACAUCACUGGUCUGAAUGCUGGAGUCAAUUACACAUUCUGCAUCACUGCUGUGGCAGCAGAUCAAGCAACAGAAGGAGAAACUGUCUGCAUCUCAAACUAUACCAAGCCAAAUAUGAUCAUAAAUCUAACAGUGUCUGAAAUCACACCAUCAUCUGUGUUUCUGACAUGGGAAGAACCAGUUGGACAUAGAUCUUUCUUUAAAAUUCAGUGGACGGGUGAUAAAACAAAUGCAAACUCAACAACUAGUAACACUUCCUAUCACAUCACUGGUCUGACUGCUGGAGUCAAUUACACAUUUAUCAUCACAGCUGUUGCAGCAGAUCGGUCAACAGAAGGAGAAUCAGUGGUUACCUCAAAAUAUACUAAGCCUGACGUCAUAAUGAACCUCACAGCUGAUAAUAUUACAACAUCCUCUGUCUUACUAAACUGGAUUAAACCAAAUGGUCAAAGCUCCCACUAUCGUGUAGAAUAUGAAGAUACGAAUGUGAUCACGGAAAAAACCUCCAUCAAAAUAAUUGAUCUGAUUCCUGGAGCACAGUACACAUUCAGAGUGUUUGCAGUUGCAGCUGACAAUGAGACCAAGGGAAGAGCCAAUCAGAUUUCACUGUAUACCAAGCCAGAUGUAAUCAAGAAUUUCACAUUGUCUAAAAUCACAACAUCAUCCGUGUUUCUGACAUGGGCUGAACCAUUUGGAAAUAGAUCUUUCUUUAAACUUAACUGGACUGAUGAGAAUUUGGACUUGAACAGAAAUGCAGUAGAAACAAAUAACACUUCCUAUAACAUCACUGAUUUAAAGGCUGGAGUCAAAUACACAUUCUGCAUCACUGCUGCGGCAGCAGAUCAAUCAACAGAAGGAGAAACUCUCUGCAUCUCAAAGUAUACCAGGCCUAAUGUGGCCAGCAACCUCACAGUGUCUGAAAUCACACCAUCAUCUGUGUUUCUGACAUGGGAAGAACCAGUUGGACAUAGAUCUUUCUUCAAAAUUCAGUGGGCUGAUGAUAAAACAGAUGCAACAACUAACACUUCCCAUCAAAUCACUGGUCUGACUGCUGGAGUCAAUUACACAUUCUGCAUCACUGCUGUGGCAGCCGAUCAGUCAACAGAAGGAGAAACUGUCUGCAGCUCGCAAUUUACAAAGCCAAAUAUGAUCAUAAAUCUAACAGUGUCUGAAAUCACACCAUCAUCUGUGUUUCUGAAAUGGGAUGAACCAUUUGGAAAUAGAUCUUUCUUUAAAAUUCAGUGGACGGAUGAUAAAACAAACGGAAGUUCAACAACUAAUAACACUUCCUAUAACAUCACUGGUCUGAAUGCUGGAGUCAAUUACACAUUUAUCAUAACAGCUGUUGCAGCAGAUCAAUCAACAGAAGGAGAAAGUCUCUGCCUUUCAAAAUUCACAAAGCCAAAUAUGAUCAUAAAUCUAACAGUGUCUGAAAUCACACCAUCAUCUGUGUUUCUGACAUGGAAAGAACCAUUUGGAAAUAGAUCUUUCUUUAAAAUUCAGUGGACGGAUGAUAAAACAAACGGAAGUUCAACAACUAAUAACACUUCCUAUAACAUCACUGGUCUGACUGCUGGAGUCAAUUACACAUUUAUCAUCACAGCUGUUGCAGCAGAUCGGUCAACAGAAGGAGAAUCAGCGGUUACCUCAAAAUAUACUAAGCCAAAUAUGAUCAUAAAUCUAAAAGUGUCUGAAAUCACAACAUCAUCUGUGUUUCUCACAUGGGAAGAACCAGUUGGAAAUAGAUCUUUCUUUAAAAUUCAGUGGACGGGUUAUAAAAUAAACGGAAGUUCAACAACUAAUAACACUUCCUAUAACAUCACUGGUCUGACUGCUGGAGUCAAUUACACAUUUAUCAUCACAGCUGUUGCAGCAGAUCGGUUAACAGAAGGAGAAACUGUCUGCAUCUCACAAUUCACAAAGCCAAAUAUGAUCAUAAAUCUAACAGUGUCUGAAAUCACACCAUCAUCUGUGUUUCUGACAUGGGAAGAACCACUUGGAAAUAGAUCUUUCUUUAAAAUUCAGUGGACGGGUGAUAAAACAAACGUAAACUCAACAACUAGUAACACUUCCUAUAACAUCACUGGUCUGACUGCUGGAGUCAAUUACACAUUUAUCAUCACAGCUGUUGCAGCAGAUCGGUCAACAGAAGGAGAAUCAGUGGUUACCUCAAAAUAUACUAAGCCAAAUAUGAUCAUAAAUCUAACAGUGUCUGAAAUCACACCAUCAUCUGUGUUUCUCACAUGGAAAGAACCACUUGGAAAUAGAUCUUUCUUUAAAAUUCAGUGGACGGGUUAUAAAAUAAACGGAAGUUCAACAACUAAUAACACUUCCUAUAACAUCACUGGUCUGACUGCUGGAGUCAAUUACACAUUUAUCAUCACAGCUGUUGCAGCAGAUUGGUCAACAGAAGGAGAAACUGUCUGCAUCUCACAAUUCACAAAGCCAGAUGUGAUCACAAAUCUCAGAGUGAACAAUAUCACAACAUCAUCUGUGUUUCUGACAUGGAAUGAACCACUUGGAAAUAGAUCUUUCUUUAAAAUUCAGUGGACGGGUGAUAAAACAAAUGCAAACUCAACAACUAGUAACACUUCCUAUAACAUCACUGGUCUGACUGCUGGAGUCAAUUACACAUUUAUCAUCACAGCUGUUGCAGCAGAUCGGUCAACAGAAGGAGAAUCAGUGGUUACCUCAAAAUAUACUAAGCCAAAUAUGAUCAUAAAUCUAACAGUGUCUGAAAUCACACCAUCAUCUGUGUUUCUGACAUGGAAAGAACCACUUGGAAAUAGAUCUUUCUUUAAAAUUCAGUGGACGGGUGAUAAAACAAACGCAAACUCAACAACUAGUAACACUUCCUAUAACAUCACUGGUCUGACUGCUGGAGUCAAUUACACAUUUAUCAUCACAGCUGUUGCAGCAGAUCGGUCAACAGAAGGAGAAUCAGUGGUUACCUCAAAAUAUACUAAGCCAAAUAUGAUCAUAAAUCUAACAGUGUCUGAAAUCACAACAUCAUCUGUGUUUCUGACAUGGAAAGAACCACUUGGAAAUAGAUCUUUCUUUAAAAUUCAGUGGACGAGUUAUAAAACAAAUGGAAGUUCAACAACUUAUAACACUUCCUAUAACAUCACUGGUCUGACUGCUGGAGUCAAUUACACAUUUAUCAUCACAGCUGUUGCAGCAGAUCGGUCAACAGAAGGAGAAUCAGCGGUUACCUCAAAAUAUACUAAGCCAAAUAUGAUCAUAAAUCUAACAGUGUCUGAAAUCACAACAUCAUCUGUGUUUCUAAAAUGGAAUGAACCAGGUGGAAGUAGAUCUUUCUUUAACCUUUAUUGGAGUGAUGGUAAAACAUCCAACAAUGCACGUACCAAUAACACUUCCUAUCACAUCACUGGUCUGACUGCUGGAGUCAAUUACACAUUCUGCAUCACUGCUGUGGCAGCAGACAUUUCAACAAAAGGAGAAACUUUCAGCAUCUCAAACUAUACCAAGCCAGAUGUGAUCAAGGAACUCAAAGUGACUGAUGUCACAACAUCAUCUGUGUAUCUGACAUGGAAUGAACCUGCUGGAAAUAGAGAUUAUUUUAAAAUUAAAUGGAGUGAGAAAAGGACUCAUGUAACAACUAAUAACACUUCCCAUCAAAUCACUGAUCUGAAUGCUGGAGUCAACUACACAUUCUGCAUCACUGCUGUGGCAGCAGAUCAAUUAACAGAAGGAGAAACUGUCUGCAUCUCACAACUUACCAAUUCCCCUCAGUCUAAGACUCCAAUGAUUGUUGGCAUAGUUUUGGGAGUGAUCUGUUUUCUCUUCAUCAUCACUCUCAUUCUCUUCUUCUAUUCAAGAAGACAAACCAACAAACAAUGUCCCGACAUCCCUGUACAAACCAUUAGAAAUAAAAUUAAUAUUGGUUUGAGAAUAGAGGAUUAUGAAGAGUACUUUAAGCAGAAACAUAAGGAUUCCAACUGUGGUUUUGCUGAAGAGUAUGAGGAGUUGAAAACAGUUGGAACGGCGCAGUCCAAAAACACUGCCCUGGCUAUUGAAAACAAGCCGAAGAACCGUUACAGCAAUGUGCUACCUUAUGAUGCUUCAAGAGUUAAAUUAUCAGUGUGCGGCAGUCCCUUUGAUGAUUACAUCAAUGCCAACUACAUCCCAGGCUAUAAUUCAAGAAAAGAGUUUAUAGCAGCUCAGGGUCCACUGCCUGUCACAGUGAAUGAAUUCUGGAGAAUGGUCUGGGAGAAGAAUGUCUACACCAUAGUGAUGCUGACCAAAUGCAACGAGAUGGGACGAGUGAAAUGUGAAAAGUACUGGCCAUCUGGGACUAAUCAUUAUCAAAACAUCUCUGUGACAACCACCUCAGAGAUAGAACUGGAGAGCUGGACCAUAAGAGACUUCAGAAUCAAAAAUGUGAAAACAGCAGAAACUCGCUACGUACGUCAGUUCCACUUCACGGCGUGGCCGGAUCAUGGAGUUCCACAGACCACUGAAGUCCUCAUUGACUUCAGACACCUGGUCAGAGAACACAUGGACCAGUACUCACGCCACUCUCCAACUGUGGUGCAUUGCACACAAUAUCACAACAAAAAGUUUUAA